AUGAAUCAAGAAUCAUUUAUAUUAGUAUUGUUUGUGUGUUGUUUAAAAAAUUAUAUUGAAGCUUUAAGUUUUCCUGGACCUAGAGUGUAUGUAGUUACUCCAGCAGCACGACCUCUAGAAAAAGAUGAUGGAAAAUUCUACUAUCACAAAUGGAUGAGAAGAAUGGACACAUUUCCGAAUUCUACCACUACCACUCCAACAACAACAACGGCGGCACCUAAAAAAGAAACACCGGAUUUAAUAUUUGCAGAGUUUGAAUCUGAUGGAAGUAAGCAAAAGUCCAUCAGAAAAUUGCUGGAGAAAGAGAAAGUAUCAUCAAAAUCCACAACAAUGAGCCCUAUAUAUGUACCUGAUGAUGAAGAGAAUAGAGUGACCCGUGUAGUGAAUUAUGGUUUACCUGUGAAAAUAGAAAAUCACGCAGAUACUGACACUGAAAUAUCUACAGAGCAAACAGAUUUUUCUUUCAUGCAUCAUAAGGACUAUUAUAAUAAAAUGCAGGCACCAGUACAUAUACCCUCGAAAACUACUCCGAAGAUUAGAAGUACUACGACUACGACCACGACCACAACUACUGAACCAGCUCCUAUUAACAUAGAAAACAUUUGGCAUAUAAUUGAUAAUGAAAAGAUUAAUCAGUACUCAGGGAACUGGCAUGAAGUACCAGUGGAUGACAAUGAAAACAGUGGAAAAGAAAGUGAGAAGUCUGAACAUUCUAGACCUAGCCAAUUAGAUGAAGACGAUGAAGGGGAAGCAGGACAAAAUCAGUUUGAUACAAUAGAUGAAAAUUUCGCAAUACCAGGGUUUACUACGAAUUCUGGAAGUGGAGCCGAAAAUGAAUCUAGGGCAAUACGAACUGAACCAGUCAUAAGAUUUCCCUAUGUUAAUCUUAAACCAUUUCAAAUGAAGUCUUCGAAGAAAACAUCACUGAGUGGUUCAUCAAAUAAUAAAAAAAAUAAUAACAUGAUGAUAUCAUUAGACCAAUUCACCGAUUUAAAGCAUCCUGUUAGAGGAGAAGCUCAAGAUAUUCUUCCAUUAGGAUCCCAGAUAGAUCGUUACAAUCCAGCUCAACCUUAUCUACCACAACCUCCCUACGGAAGUAAAGUAUCUAAACAAUCUAGUCCUGUUUCUUCACCACCAAAAGCAACUGCUAAUUUAGUUCCUCCACCUCCUCCACCGCCACCACCCAAAGCUAGUGAUAGUUUUCCAGCUCCUGCUAUCUAUGAAUCUUUCCCGCCCUAUGCACCGUCGAAUCCAGACUUUGGAUCUGUAUCUUCCCAAUCUAUUUCGGAUUCUGUAGACUCACUAGAUACAUCUGGUAGUGAAGAUACAUCCAGUGAUAGUGACGAUGGACCACAAAUGGAUUUGGGAUAUCGUUAUAAACUACCUAUAGCUGCAGCAGACAACGGCCCCGUGAUGGAUACGGGUUAUCAAUAUAAGCCACCUUCGGCGCCUGUCCCACAAUUCAUUCCAACUAUACCACCAGAACCUAAGCCUUUUGCUGGCUAUUCUUACAAUAAGCCUAGCAUUGAUACUAAUAGUGCUCCAGUGAUUAGCAAACCUGAAUUUCAAGGUUACCAUUACAAUAAACCAGACGCAGCAAAACCUUCGCAUGAUUAUAUGCCACCAAGCUAUGGUUCUCCUCCGAGCUAUGGACCAUCACCUAGUUACGGACAUGACGACACGCCACCACAUGAACACGAUUCGGACUACCCUGAAUUAUUGUUUAGUAAACCAAAUGACCACGGAAGUGAUGAUAUGAAAGGAAGUGAUAUGGGAAUGGUGCCUCCACCACCACCUUCAGGUAUGCAGCCUGAUAUGUAUGGGCCACCACCUUCAGAUAUGAAACCUGAUAUGUAUGGGCCACCUGAUGAUCAUGGCUUUCCAAUUGAUUUUCCUACAGAUUUUAAAUUUCAUCACGAUUUCGAUGAACACGAUCAUUAUCAUCAUCACCCUACUACCACAACUAGUACAGAAAUGCCUCGUGUGAAUAGAUUUAGUUACUACUAUUUAGGGAAAAAAUUAUAUUACCUUCCGUUAUAUUUUAGUGUUUACUUUAUAGUAUAUGUGGGUGCUUUAAUUAUUAAAGCCGUAUUGCGACAUAAGAUUGUAUAUCCUAAUAGUUGGAAACCGAACGGUACUACAGCAACUUUCUUUUCAAAAAGAUCAGUGGACGAUUAUCUCUCAAAUGAUAACUUACAUGAAGUAACCAAGAAGGUCACUCACGCACUCGCAACAGCCGCAGAAAAAUAUAUAAAUGCUAAAAAAGAAGCA